AUGUCCAACAACAUGGCAAAGAUUGCAGAUGCCCGGAAGACAGUGGAACAAUUGAAACUGGAAGUGAACAUAGAAAGAAUGAUGGUGGGUCAGCAUUUUGUUAAAACAAAUGAAAAAACAUUUGAAAUGUAACCCUCUAUCUUUUUAAUGUCUGACAGAAAUAUGCACGGUCAUGACCUUUCUGUUCAGGUAUCUAAAGCAGCAGCUGAUCUGAUGGCUUACUGUGAAACUCACGCCAAAGAGGACCCACUGGUGACACCUGUACCAUCGUCUGAGAACCCGUUUCGCGAAAAGAAACUAUUCUGUGAAAUACUUUAAGUUUUAAAAGCACAAAACUAAUGUCUGUGAUUUAGUAUUCUUAGUUAUUUAUAAUGUGUGGAUUAAAUUUCAGCUUAAAUAACAACAAUAAGAAACCUUUUUGUACAUCUGACUUACUUUUCCUGAGGACUUAUUAUCCUGUGAACAUGACAGUGACAGCAAUAAAAUGUGUUGAUAAUGGGUGCAAAGUUCAUUUAAACAGACCAGCAGGGUUGCCUGACAAUGUGCACAUAGUUUGAAUCUGGGCUUACACAUUAACUCAGUUUUCUCCCAUUGAUGUCCUUGUAAGGAAUUUCCAGAUGAUUUUUUUUUCACUGUUGGAUAUACUAUGAAAAUUUUGGACCCACAUUUCUUUUUUAGCAUUAAAAAUAUUCUACAGUUACACAUGUGUGUGUUUUUUUCCUCUUAUCGAUUAAUAUGUGACUGAACAACAUGAUCUUAUAUCAGGUUUUGUUUUCCUGCCUGAAUGUGGCAGCCUUUCCCCUGGAGGGUGUCCCUUGGACACACAGGUAGUGGUAAUGAUGGGCGGGGCUGAGCGAUGAUGUCAGAACAAGGCAGAGGUGGAGGUAGCAGGUGUGCACAGUUUACUCAGUCAAGCUUGCCCUCAUUCUGACAGCUACUAAGAUUGGAUAAUUUCCUAAAAUCCCUUGGGCAUUUGAGAGUUUUCUCUACACAGUAAGGUAGGUACAUACUGUUUGCCAUCUAAUAUAACUGCUAAAAGAACAGCUUUAUUAAAGUGAGUAUCUGCCUUUUCCUGCAGUAAGUAGAAACUAUAAGGAAAUUAGAUGUGUAAAGGGAGCUGAUGUUCAAACUAAUGGAUGCAAACAAUUCACCAGGCUGAUUGAACUUCUUAAAGUUGUAUUUAUUUAUUUAAGUGUAAAUUCUUGUGUAAAAGUGUCAGACUAAUUGUCAAAAGAGGGAAUGUGAAAUCCUGCUGUGUAGCCACAUCAUGCCAAACAGGGCGAGUCAAGAAAAACUUGUCUGACUGAAAGUGUUGAUUGUAAAAACAGCAGUCAUGCACAAUCCCGUGGCAGUAACUACAAUAAAAGAAAGCUGAAACUGGUCAGCUUAAAAAUCUGUGAAAAAUCUGUAACACCAGCCGUGCUACAAGUGUGUUUAUUCUUGAGUUCACAUGUAAUCUCACUGCAUUGUUGUGUUGCUUUGCUGUGACAUUAAAUGAGGGAAACCGGUGUACCUUUGAUAAACCCUGAGUCUUAAAUUUAGGAGGCCAGCGUGUUCAUUGACUUAGCUUCAUAGUGUGAUUUGAAUUUUCAACUUUGCAAGACAAAUCAGCAGCUCUUGUCUAGACCAGAACGCCUUCUCUUCUUUGUAGUCCUGAUCAGAUAAAAUACGGCAUAUUGUGAUGGGUAGUUAAUGUCUCAAAGUUUCCUGUAUGCGUGGAUCUUCUAAACUGUAUUUCAGAGCCAAGUUUUAAAAAUAUAACAUAAAUUUACUAAUAUUAGAACACACUGAUUUGAAACUAAGUCAAUCUCACUCUCUUUAUAGAAGUGGCAUUUAUAUCUGACAAUAUUUUUACCCUUUAAGUUGAUAAAAUCUAAUUAAUGAAUUAAUUAGGUCACUGAGUUAUGGCAUUAACUCUGCCAUAACCUGUUUUUCUUGUUGCAGUGUUUUUCAGGUACUUAGGUGCCAGCUGCCUUUUAGUUCCUUGAUCUGAAUUUUAUUGCCUGUAAUACUUUUAAGGCUGUGACACUAAAUUAAAACAACAAGUGUGAACUUUGACCACAAAGUUAGGUACUAUUUUACUCAAAGAUAGAAGAGUAAAGGGCCUCAUGUUUUGCUUAUGUUUUCAGGCCCAAGGAUGGCCAACUUUGGAGGACAUGCCAUUCCUGGCUCUUUUUUCCUGCUCCUUGGAUUCUGGCUUACGGUGAAAUACGUCCUCCAACACUACUGGAGGACAAAUCAGCCCAAAGGAAGACAAAUUACUCCACCUUUCUUCAAAAAGAUGGAGUACUUUGAGGGAGGAUUUCAGAUCUUUGCAGCAUUCGUAGGUCAGUUUUCAACACAAACAUCUGCACAAUUACACUUGAAAAAAAGCUACGUACCAAAAUUGUCUGAUGUCGUCCUGUCUUAGGAAUCAUGGUUGAACAGUUUGUGGUAGACGGACCACACGCUCACCUUUUCAACAAAGAUGGCAACCCAUGGGUGAAGCUGAUGAACUGGCAGCACAGCACAAUGUAUCUGUUCUUUGGAAUCGCUGGAAUCGCAUUGGUGGCCAGUAAUGUGUCCAAGCUGGUGCCAGCUGGUGUUGACCGCCUAACCAUUUCACUGGCUCUGUUUGUUGAGGGUAAAUAUUAAAGAUAAUUGAUUUCCAAGACAUUCAGACUCAAAAUUUGAACCCUAAUGUUAAGUGUUGGUCCCCUCCAGGGUUUCUAUUCUACUUCCACGUACACAAUCGCCCACAUCUAGAUGCCCACAUUCACUCCCUGCUGCUGGCAGCUGUGUUCUGUGGAUCAGCAAGCGCCAUGCUGGAGGUGUUCAUAAGAGACAAUAUCAUUCUGGAGAUGCUCAGAGGAGGCCUGUUCAUUCUGCAGGGGUCAUGGUUCUACCAGGUGAUUUACAAAAAUGACUUAAGAAAUCAGCUCAAUCGUCACCCAAUCAUAGAAACUAGGGGGUAGUUCAUUAUGACCGUCUUCUUUUAGGUCUGUGUCUAUUUAACAGAAUAUUUUGCUUGAGAUCACAAGCUGGGGGGCUAAUCUAUCUUGGUGUCCAUCAUUUCAGAUUGGAUUUGUACUUUACCCUCCAAGUGGAAAACAGUGGGACCUGGAGGAACACAGCAAUGUCAUGUUUGUGACCAUGUGCUUCUGCUGGCAUAUAGCUGUGGCUCUGCUUUUAGUGACCUGCACCUUCUCUCUAGUUUGGUUGUAAGUAUUUCAUCCUUUGCUUGAAUGUUUUUACGGGAACUUGGACCGCUCAAGGAAGUUUUCAAGCUUUAAGGACAGGUUCAACCACUGCUGGUAUGCGGCAAAAAUCUGUGUGUCCGUCUUACAUUGGUGUUGGGGUAGCUCAGGAUCUGUUGCAUAGAUCAGAAGAAAAUAACGGGUCCUCGCGAAUUAUGUUCUAUAUUAGCACUCUUUAUGGUAACUAAGAUUGUAAUUCAUAAUAAUCUAUUUCUUCAUUCAGUGUUUUUGUACAGGAACAAUUAUAGAGCAUGCAGACCAAUGCUGUACACCAAAGCAGUUAAAGUCUGUGCUAAUUCUCUUUGCUUGUUCGUGGAUGGGGCUUGAAAAUACAUGAAAAUCAUAGGGACUUUAUUUUAAAAUGUACAACAAUUUGCAUGUCAAGUGAACCAAACCUAGGAAUGAGAUACUUAUAAUUACAAACUGCUCUGGAACAUUAGUGUUAAUCAAAUUUGAGGUCUCAGUCUUUGUAAUUUCCAACUCUUAAAUACUCCAGAGACAGUGCCAGCAGAAAUAUGAUCUUUUCUUUACCUUCAUGUUGGUCAUGAUUCCUGAAAGCUGGUUUCUCUUUCUGUUGUAACAGCACGGUGAAGCGAUUCUCAGCAAGAGGACGAGAUAUUGAGAUUGGAAUGCGAAACACCUCCUCCAAGUCAAAUUCCCAGAAAGCUUUGCUUGAAGAGUCGGAUGAAGAGUGA